CUGCACAUUUUUCCUUCUCAAUCUCGGAGGAGAGUCUGCAAACUCUCCCGAUCGAAAACCAAAACAACACGGAACUCUCAUUCGGAUCCGGUGUUUUUUUUUCUGGGUCUGAACAGAACAGACCGGAUAUCUCAGUCAGAUUCGGAUGACUAGAUCGAGAUCUGUUGGAUACUUUGUUACUGUUUAUAUCAGAAAGCAAAGCGGCAACAUUGUAACUCUGGAACAUUGUAACGUUCUUUCUUUUGACGUCAACGGGACGCGAGAGCGGAUGCGGGUGCGGUGAUCGCGGGGACUCCUGUAGCCGAGUGGAGUGAGGGUUGGUAGAUCUGGAUCCAAAGAGAAGCCCUGGUUUGGGGGGUGAUGGGGGGCAGGAGGAGAAGAUGCCCCAGGAGGAGGCAGGAGGGCAGAGGCGAGAGACCUACAUGUCCCGCCUGCGUAGUUCCUCCCUGGAAAUCAGAGAGAAGGGGACAGAAUUCCUCUGUGAGCAGCUGGAUGCUGCACAAAAGGAGCUGAAGUUGAAAGACGAGGAGUGUGUUAGACUGUCUCAUAUCAGGAAUCAGCUGGAGCAGGAAUUGGAGGAGCUCACUGCCAGUCUGUUUGAGGAGGCCCACAAGAUGGUGCGUGAAGCCAAUGUAAAACAAGCAGCAGCCGAGAAACAGCUAAAGGAGGCACAGGGCAAGAUUGACGUCCUGCAGGCGGAGGUGUCCGCUCUGAAAACUCUGGUGUUGACCUCUACGCCGUCCUCCCCGAACCGACAGCUCCACCCUCAGCUGCUGUCCCCGGGUUCCAGUCGCGCCUCCUCACGGCCCGGGGGCCACACACGCAAUAAGAGCGCCAGUGGUGCUUUACAGCUGCAACCAGAGGCAACAGUGUCAGAUCUAGAGACCAAACUGGAAGACAAAGAGCUGGACUCUGUGUUGUUUGCUGAGUUUCUCUCAUGGAAAGAGUCGCCCAGUGUAGAUCGCUCAUCAGCCUUCAUCAGCAGAGUUUACAGAGAAGAUAUCGGACCCUGCCUUUCUUUUACCUGCUCUGAGUUGUCUCAGUCAGUUCAGUGUGCUGUGGAGAAUAACUCUCUCACCAUCGAGCCUGUUGCCAUGACAACGUUACCCAUGGUGAAGGCCAUUGAGUGUGGAGGACCCAACGGUUGCCGGGCGCCCAUAGAAACCAAGUGUGCGCUGAGUGGCGUGUCCCGCCCCUGUCGACAUCGCAUUAAACUGGGUGAUAAAGAGAAUUACUACUAUAUAUCUCCAUCCAGCAGAGCACGGAUCACGGCUGUGUGUAAUUUCUUCACCUACAUUCGAUAUAUCCAGCAGGGCCUUGUCAGACAGGAAGUUCAGCAGAUGUUUUGGGAAGUGAUGCGUUUACGGAAAGAGAUGAGUGUGGCCAAACUGGGAUAUUUCUUGAUGGAAUAGAGCUUGAGAAUCAACACACACACACACACACACAUACAAUACAUCUGAACACACAGCAGUACGAUGACUGGCCAUGUACACAAACACUCCCAUGAUGGUGUUUUAUAAAUACAUAUGUCCAGUAUGUAUUCAGAGACCACUACGGAAGAAUUCCCAGAACACUAUUUUUUCCUGAGCUAAUGACAGUUUACUGAUGUCAGGUUUUGUGUUAUGUUGGCUUUAGGUAAGCCUGAACCCUGUAAACAUGCCACUUUGUUCAAGAGUAAGUUAAUUCAUAAAUAAAACAUUGUCAUAAUUUAAUCACCCUCAUGUCAUAGGACUUACUUUCUUCUGUGGAACACUAAAGGAGAUGUGAGGCAGAAUGUGAUGAUGAGGGUGUGUAAAUGAUGACAGGAUUUUAAUUUUGGGUGAACUAUCCCUUUAAUAUUGAGGUAAAUGUUUGUGUGGUGGUAGACUUGGGUGUUCAAAACUGACAUAAUUUCACUGCUCCAAAGUCUUGUAUAUUUAAUCUGCCAUUUGCACAGUAAUGACACAUACUGAGAGUCACACCAUCUGUUGGACAUAACAAAGUGCAGUAAACUCAUGGCUUCACAGUCAAACCUGACAUGUUUCAACCAAUGUAAUGUUCUACAAUUAUCAAUCAGCAGGACACAAUUCGACAGAAUUCUAGAAUACCUGUCUUGGAUUUGUAGAACUCUGAGGCGAAAUCUGUUUUCGUUUGAAAACUCCCCUUUUUUCUGUUUCCGAAUGACAUCGUUUUCCAAAGUAUGCAGUUAUGGAAAGCCGAAUUGACAUUUAAUCAUGUGUAGGGUAUGACUUCAUAUCUAUAAUUAAAUUUUCACUAGUUGAAAUGCUAAUUGUUGAGAUUGGCAAUGGAAUUAGUACUAGUAAAAAUACAAAUUGUUAUGGGUAAUUAGGUUUGCACUGGUAAAAAUGCUAAUCAUUGAUAUAAAAAAAAUUACAUCAUUACUUGCAAAAAUACCCAUUCUUUUUUUUCUUUUCUCCCCAAUUUGGAAUGCCCAGUUCCCAAUGCGCUCUAAGUCCUCGUGGCAAACUGACAGCUAGAAUAACAAGGAUCUGCAAAGCUGUCAUUGCUGAAGGUGGAAGAUUUUUGAUGAGAACUCUUUGAAGUAGUUUAAGAAGUUCUGAACAUUCUGAAUUGUAAUAGUAAUUUUUCACGUUAUUAAUGUCCUGAUUAUACAUUGUGAUCAGCUGAAUGCCACUUUGGUGAAUAAAAGUACCAAUUUCUUUCCAUAAGAGCAAAAUCUGUACAUUAUCACAAACUUUUGGCCCCCAGUGUAGAUAUUUUUUACUAGUUGAAAUUCCAUUUUUGAAAUCAUGAAUGACUGAGAUGUAUAUUUGGAAAUCCAACUACUACAAAAUUAAUUAUAGAUAUCUGUAAUAGCGCUUUGAAUGGGAGUGAAUGACAGAUCAUUACGAAAUUCUACUAGUGAAGAUACAGUUACAGAUAUCAAUCAUUUCGUUUUUUUUCUAGUUAAAAUUUCAUUUUCUUUAUAUGUCAUAUUAAGGUGAGUAAUCACGUCAUUUUUUAUAUCAAGAACAAAUGUUUAUGCUAGUGCAAACAUAUUUACUGAUAUCAGAAAUGAGCAUUUUAUCUAGUGAAAAUUGAAUUAUAGAUGUCUAUAAUUCAUAUCCUGCACACUGUUAACCCUUCCUUGGUCGAGAGGGUCAAUUUGACCCAUUUUUAAAAUGGUUCUAAAUGGGUCCGAAAGUUCCACAAAGCCAAGAAAGGGUUAAAUGUCAAAAGGGCUUGCCAUAAUGCGGUAAUGGAGACGCUCCGUUUCGGUGGAAGAUAACGGCGUUCUAGUGAGGAUGAGAGACGAACGUAACUAAAUUCAUGAGUGUUCAUACGAAACCUUACUUGUAUGGACGUCAAACUUAACACGUUUUCGGUUGUUUUCCAAAGAAAGCAACACUAGAGAACAUUUUUGAAAGCCCCAGUUUUCAGCAAAGGAAAAUGCAGUUCCAGUGUGGAAAAGGUAGAAACGUAGAAUGAAAACGUUCUAGUGUGGACGUGUUUGUGUGCUGAAUUUUGAAUAGUCUUUAGCGUGAAAUGCAGAUAAAACACUUCUUGCACCAAUGAUUUUUGUGUAAAGAAAUAGUUUACUAACCACACAACUUUGAAUGGAAAAUCUUCCAGUGUGCCAGAGAACUUUCCCAUAGACUCCCUCAAGUGCCAUAAAAAUGCUCUGUGGAAUUUCUGCAUUAUUUAACUGAAUCUGAAUUUGUUUUUGUUACCAUCCGCACUUGUAUGUUAUGGUGCUUGCAUAUGGAAGCAAAGCCAUCUUAAACAUGGCUUACGGUACUAACUACCACAAUGCCUUACACUACGUAUUCUCCUGAUAGUAACAAUUAUUGCAUGAUUGACAAUCAAUAUGUCUGAAAGCACAAAUACGGUGUUUACAGUGUAUAACUCGCCUUUUAAUGCUUCAGUGCCAUUUAUGUUAAACUGCCUUGAUAAGCAUGACCUUUACACUCCUUGUGUGCUUUCAACCUAUUAAAGGCAUCAUCUGAA